AUGUCGUCGUGGGACUACAUCGACGAAGUAGACAUCCUCCCAAAGUUGCCGCCAAAUUUUGAAGAAUUGAGGGAAUCGAAAAAAUGGCAGGUGCACAGAUUCAACAAUAUUAAAGAGGCUUAUGAUGGAUUUUCAGGAGCGGAAGGAAAGUCUAGAUGCCCUGCUAAAAGUUUUGAUGGAUGCAGAGAGACUUUCGACAAAGAUCUCCUACGCCGAACUCGUCGGAAACUUGCAGACGGUUGGAAAAUUUUUAGAGAAAAGUACGUUAAAAGGAAUUUUGUUAUUGAAGAUGAUUGCGAAAGACGCAAACAUCAAUAUCCAAGCUCUGGCCGCCAAAUGCCUCACCAGAUUCGCUACGGGCCUUCGUACCAAGUUUGCUCCCUUUGCCCAAACGGUCAGCGAAAACAAUUUGCGAAAACUUGAGUAUUCAUUUUCAGCUGCUUCCAAUUUUGUUUGAAAAACUCAAAGAGAAGAAGCCGUUGUUGAAGGAGCCACUCAUCGAAUGCUCAGACGCUGUAGCUUCGACGGUGAGUUCCCCAGCGGAUUGCAGAAGUUCUCUUUCUCUCCUGAAACUGCACUACAAAAGUAUUUUCUGAGAAUCUCAAUAGCUGAAGUAAUUAAAAGCACCAUGAUUUGGAAAAAAAGUUCUCCUUUCUUCCUAUCGUCGAGCUAUGACGUUUCCAACACACCAAACCCCGGUUUUUUCUUCUCACAGCACCGAUAACGUUAUACUUUCCGAAGGUUAAAAAGCAAAAGAAAAAAAAAACUUUUUUUCAAAAUUUUUUGGUUACUUCUCGACAUUUUUAUUUUUUUACUGCUCUUUACAUGAAACUUCGAAGUAAAUUAACUACACGGAAGUUAUUUUUGCCAUUCAGAUGCCGACCCUGGAGACAUCGCAAGACGACAUAAUCUUGGCGCUUGGUAAACCAAAUCCGCAAAUCAAGCAACAGUGCGCCCUUUUUUUGGGACGUCAAUUUGAUCUGUUGAGUGCUGACAAGGUUUCUUAUCAAGUUUCCGCUCUUUUCUUGACCAAGGUGUUCAGCAACCGAAAAAGUUGAUAAAGGCAGUCGUUCCUGUUUUGGGAAAACUUCUGGGCGAUGCCGACGCUGAUGUGAGUUUCUUAUAUCACAGACUUCUAUCAAGAUGGGAAUCUAAUUGGAAAGAUCUAACUUGAAUUCUGGCGCGACUGAUUUUUGAAUAAUGUAUAAUAUGAGCAAUAUUGGCUGUUUUCAGUGAAGAAGAGGAAUACAUGUUGGAAUGGUUGAAAAUUUCUUGUCUUUUCAUAAGAAUCUUCUUCUCCAAAAUAUCUAAUGUUCUCUCCAGAUGAUGUAUUUAAAAUACCUCACGAUCAUUUUUUGAGGUUCGCGAGGCGGCCACGACUUCACUCGGCGCGAUCCAGCGGCUCAUUGGCGAGAAAAACGUGAAAUCCAUUCUCGGCGAUGUCGCCAGUGAUGAAGCGAAAAUGAAAAAAGUAACUUGAGGAAACUUUCUGAAUGCCUUUUUUCGAUUGAAAAGCAUGCAAGCUGUUUGAAAGCAAAACAUGUUUUCAAGGUGGCGGAAGCAGCUGAGAACUCGGCUCAGAAUUUUGCUGAGAUCAGUUCAAAGCAGCAGGCGUCGGGACCGGCUGAAGCCCCAUCCAAAGAAGGUUCAUCAAGCGCUCCGACUUCAUCCAAGCCCAACGGCGCUGUCAACUUUUCCGCACCGGCUAAAGUAUUCUGUCGGACUCAAAUUUUUGACGACCCAUUUUCAUUUUGUAGGAAGUAGACGAGUGGGACUUUGCCGAUCCUUUCCAUCUACUCGGGAAAAUGCCUGCCGAUUUCGAAACGAAUAUCGAAAGCAAGAAAUGGACGGAACGGCGCGAUGCUCUGCAGGUACUGGAGUUUUAGCCUUUUUUAGAGAAUGGUAGUUGAAUAAGUUUAUCUUCUUCUCCCUACGACUUUGUACCACUUGAGCGGCGUCGGCGCUUUAAGUUCUAUCUUGAAAUCAGUGAUAAUAUGUGAACUUCCUUCAGUGACAUAUACGUCCUUGUGUGUGACGACUAGGGAUUUUAAAGACAUAUUUUUUUUCCUCUAUCAAAAUUCCUCACAUCCGUUGGUUUAUCGAACUUGUGUUCCUUCGGACCGUAGGCAGUCAUACAACCUGCCGUAGUUAAAUUCGUCUAUAUAAGCUUUGAAUGAAAGGAUUCCUUCAACUCGUCUCCUCGAAAGAAAAAAAAUUGGCGCAUGUAGAAUGACUAGAGUCCUAGACUCAACACAAGAAAAAAUGUUCGUUAACCAUGGGAUACAGUUGCGCAAGAUUCUCACAAAAAAUGAUCAAUAGGACUUCAUAAAAUGAAAUACAGAAUAUGUUUUACCGUGUUGCUUUUCAGGCUCUGCAUGAUCUGUUGAAAGCAAACGUGAAGCUGGACGCCAAAGGCAACUAUGGAGAGCUUGUUGGCGUUUUACGAAAGGUCCACCUACAAUUUUGGGCAAUCAAUACAAUCAAUACAAGUUAAGGUGCUCGAGAAAGAUGCCAACAUCAAUGUCGCGGCUCUGGCUGCCAACUGUUUGAAAGGGAUCGCUGACGGGCUCCGCCUCAAAGUGAUCUCGAGGGCUUUUAGAGCAAGUUUCAUGAUUGAAUUCUAGUUUCAACCUCAUGCGGCGGCUGUCAUUCCUGUCAUUUUCGACAAGUUCAAGGAGAAAAAACCGUUGCUGCGCGACCCGCUGAUCGCUUGUAUCGACGCUAUGGCGGCCACGGUCCGUCCAAGAUUGGAAUUCCGACUAUUUCCGUUUUUCAGACGAACCUCGAAGCAAUGGGAGAGGACAUCCUUGCCGCGUUGGCCAAGCCGAACCCCAACAUUAAAAUUCAGGCCGAUCUUUUUCUCUACAGGUAAAAUUUUUUUAUUUCGUUGACCAUUUUGCCAUCCCGCCAGUUAAAGUGGUAACACGAAUCUCGAAGGUUUUCACCUUUCUGUUAAAAAAAAAGAGAAUUUCAGAGCGUUCAAAUUGCUAAACUCGCAAACGAUGCCCAAGAAGACGCUCAAGUCGAUAGUUCCACUGCUUAUCAAAGUUUUUUUUUCUAGGAUUUGUCAAUAAAACUGAUAUUAUUGCAGCAUUCUGGUGAUUCGGACCCAGAAGUGCGUGACGCGUCCUACGCCGCCAUGGGAUCAAUGAUGAGGACGAUAGGCGAAAAACCUUCGCUGCAGUUGCUCGCCGACAUCGUUCCCGACAAGCUCAAAAUGGACAAGGUCUUGUUCUUUGCAAAAAAAAAGAAAUUUAAAAUAACUUCAGAGAGUUUAAAUAUGACUAAACUUCAGAAAUUCGGAGACAAUUUGUUUCUCGCUGAAUUAAUAUGAACAUCGUAUUGCAACUUCCCCCCAAUUUGUCAAACUUUUAAAUUACUUCGAUUUUUAUUAUAACCAAAAAAUUCAAACUAUAACGAUAAACCAAAGAGUAAAUAUUUUUCUUUUUUGCCUUAAGAACGUCUUUUUUUAGUUAUUCAAGUGUUCGCUUACUCGUUUAGCUAAUACAGGCUCUUCUCAUGUCAAGCCGUAGAAAAAAAAACCUGGCUUUCUAUCCGUUUAUGUUUUUGAAACUGAAUUAAUUCUUGAGUUCGUUUUCAGAUUCGAGAUUUUCAUCAGAAGGCGUUGGAGGAAGCUGGAGCAGAUGUCGUCUCCCAAAUGGUCCAGUCCGUCCACAAAGCUGAUGUCAGAAUAAUUCAACUUUUAUCAUCCUUUCGCUUCUGUUUGAUUCAAUGGCUUGUGUUGGUGUUUGUGAUUUUCGUUUGUUGCUCAGGCUCCUGCCGCAGCUGCAAAGACCCCGCUGGCAGCGAAACCUGCGACGGUGAAAGAAGACGCGGAAGAAACAGAAGAGGUCCUCUUAGAUUCCAUUUUUUCUUCGUCCGUCAAAAUCUUUUUGAUAUGGUGUCGUUUGGUAUACGUUUUGAAGUGCAUAAAGAACAGUAGUUAGAAAGUUUCCAAAUUUUAGUCGGAAAUGCAUUUUGACUAUUUUUUUUUCGUUGAAGUUUUUCGUGGGCUCGGGUAAAAUUAUCAAAAAGUUAUUUUUAUAAUUUUAUUUUUCACUAUCUUUUUCGGAUCGUUAAGAUGUCAGCUUGUUGCAAAGGUUCAUCUUAUAGAGUUUUUUUUUGUUCUUUCUUGCUGAAAAUCGCACAUUUUGUAGAAAUCUUACCUUAGGAGUAGUCGGUUAGCGAGAAGUUAUGAAGCUUUCGAUUUCUAGGCAUUGAAGCAGAGCGGAGGAGGUGCUGCCGGCGCAAAAAAGAAAGAAGCUCCGGAGAAGAAGAAAGCGCCACCGCCAAAAGAGGAAGAAGAUGAGCCACCAGUCGUUGAGAAAGCGGAAGUCAUGCUGGCGCCCAACACAGGAAAGGCCCAAAGGCUGAAGGACGAGAAGAAUCUCAAGGUGCCAGAAAAUGACAGAGCAUCACGCAUGUUUAAAGGCAUAGGGGCAGUAAAAAAUGGGGUUUCAGGUGAAACCAGUAUCUUAUACAGUUUUUCUUUGCGAAUCGAAUGGUGUACUCAAAAAAAUUACAGAUGUGACAACUUUAGAAGAAAAACGCGAUUUUACUUUCCCGCCUUUAAUUUUGAAAAAAGCUUUGGAUCGGUAUGCAGACAACUGUUUACAGUAGCUGUGCACGCGAUGUUGCGGACGUCUCAUUAGACUCGCAUUUUGUGUGAAAUAACCGCCUUUCUGCUCCAAAUAAAGGGUUUCUUCUCUGAAAAAUCGAUUAAGAAAACAGAAAACACACAUUGAUAAUAAAGAAAACACAAAUAAUCGCUAUCCCAAUCGAAACCUGUGUAAAAUCAUCAUUUUUCACCAGAGAAGCAUUUUUGCGAUCAAAGUUUGCAAAUUUAACAUGAAUAUAAAGAUUUUGUGACAAAAAGAACUUUGGUGACAACAGAAAAAAUUAAAAAUUGAAAGCAACGAAGAAAAAAGCGAAAUUCCGAAAAAUGGCGAAGCCUGUUGUCCAUAGAGCAACUUUACUGCAAAGCGCCCUUUUCGUGGGAACUCAAGCUUUCCUUUCUCCGACUUUGAAUUAUUUUUUCUUCAAAACUAGGAACUACUGUACGUUUCCAAGUUUACCGUUCGAUUCGCAAUGAAAAGCUCUACAAAAUACUGCUUUGAACUGAAACACCGUUUUUAACUGCCCCUAUGCCUUUAAGACUGUGCUACGGCGGCCGGUGGACGGUCAAUAUUGCGCCGUCAGUUUCGGAGCCAGGAUAUUUUUAAAAUUUUUUUUCUUUUUCGCAAUUUGUUAAGGACCUAUUUCUCGAGGUUACAAGAUAAGUUAAGUCACAAAAAGUAAAAAAGAUUUUAUUUUAAUCCCGAAAAAACUAGCUUGACUACCGUAAUACGACCGGCCGCCUUGAACAUGCGUGGCAUUCGAUUCAAAUUUUCGAUAAUUCUUAGAAAUGUUCUCGGAUUGAUAAACUGUGUAUGAAAGUUCAAAAAAGUCAUUUAACAGAUCCUGAAGUGGAACUUCACGACGCCGACCGACGAGCACAUCGAGCAGCUGCAGAACAUGUUGGGAGCGUACGCCAAGGUGUCACUCAUGUCGCAGCUUUUCCACAAAGACUUCAAAAUGCACCUCAAAGCGCUCGAUCUUCUCAUCAAUGUUUGAAUAUCCCUCUUUUGAUGUAUUCCUACUUUUUCAGCUUGCGAGCAGCGACGAAACAGCUCUGACGUCGAACAGUGACCUGCUGCUCAAGUGGUGCACUUUGCGCUUUUUCGAAACCAACCCUGCAGCCUUAGUGAAGGUGAGAUCUGAGCAGAGUUGAAAUUUCACUGGUUUCUCGGCAUUUUAAGAGUGGAACUUUGCAAAUAAUUUUAUGUAUGACACGGGGAGAACACGGAAGAUACAAAGUGUUCGAAUCUUCUGCAGAAGGGUGACGAAAUUCUCGCAGAUCGUUUUUCUGUGCUGAAUUUUCUUCGGCUUUUUCUUCUUACAUAAACGUUCAUAGUUGUGCUUUACAGGUUUUGGAGCUGUGUCGAAUCGUCACGACAUUGAUCCGCGACACAUCGACGCCCAUGACGACCGAGGAAAUGACCGCAUUUGUUCCCUAUUUGCUUCUCAAAACGGGCGAUCCUAAGGUCAGUCUAUUCGAAAUUCGAAGUUUCAAACUAGAACUUUACAGGAAAACAUCCGGAACAGCGUUCGGGAGAUUGUUGACAUCCUUUCCGACAUCAACUCGCCGGCUAAGAUGGCACCAUUGCUUUUGGGUCCGUUUUAUACGUGGGCCAACCCAAGGCUGCCGAAGAGGCGCCCCCGGGAUCCCGCCCGACUCGAAGCUGUCGUCUCGGGGCGGCCCGACCAGCAAUGUUGAAAAAUAAGUGAAAAAUCAGUUGAUCAAAAAUUCAAGAAAAAAAAUUGCUCACUUGAAAAAGUUCUCGUUUCGCGGGGCGGAUCGGGCGCCCCGCGAAACGUCUCAUCAGCAGCUCUGAGCUAAUCAAUUUGGUGCACCCCUCGAUUUCAUUUAAAAUUCAGUUUCGGAUCUGAUUUUGAACUAACUUAAUAUAAAUGUUCAGAAUAUAGAAUCAGAUCAGCUUUUAGGUCGAUUGGAAAGAGCUUUGAGAAAUUUUUAGCCUCACACUAGGCAAACCACGAAAGCGAUAAAAGCUGUCUUAAGGCAUUCAUGGCCCGUGUGGAAAGCUCCAAGGCUCAGUUGAAAGUUUAAAAAAAAUGAAGGGACUUGUAUUUGAAGAAGGGCGUUUCGAUCUGAGGUCCAAGAUUUUCUUGAAAGUCUGAAUAUUCAAGUUAAAAAAAACGUUUUGAAAUUCGAGAACUGACUAGAACAGUCAGAUCCGUGUGUGACGAGGAUUUUAAAAAAUAUUUUUGCGGUAGCUACUAUAAAUUUUGCAAAAAAAUAGGGGGAAAAAAAUCAACUUAUACGCGUUACAGGGUAACGAAAAUAGGCAUGUCAAAAAAAUUGCCAAACCGUGCUUUCUUUUUUUCAAUAAAGUCAGUCUGAGAAAACCAGUUUUUUUGAGCUUUCUCUCAGUACGCUCAAUAGACGUUUUUUUGUUGUUCAUGUAAUUUAAAUUUUUAAGACUCUUAAAUUACACGUCAAGCAUUUUUUUCUAGAGAGAUCUUUUCAAAAAAAAUAUUGACUAGCAGUGUUUUAAUCGAAUGUUGCUUGCAGACGGGCUCAAGUCGAAAAACGCUCGACAACGCGCGGAAUGUCUUCUCGUAGUGGAGAACUACGUGACGGUGGUCGGCAUCACCACACUCAAAGCGGCGGUAAAAACGGCGUCUGAACCAAAAAAAUGUUCAAAUCUUUCAGAACAUUGAGAAGACGGUGGCGCCGCACGUCGGCGACAAAGACGUUGGCGUUCGCAACGCCGCCAUCAACGUCCUGGUCGCGUGCUACCGAUUUGAGGGCGAUCAAGUUAGUAUUCUUCGUUUUUUGUUUUGUACCGAGGGCUGCCUACAACUAAUUUGAAUGACUUUGUACAUUAUCUUUUCCCAAAGAUCUGGGCUAUCUUAGUGGUAAAGAAUUUAUCGCUAAACGCAGGAAUUUUUUAGAUCUUGUUCAGCUUAAAUGCGAGGAACCACUCUCCUGAGAAAAAUUCUUAUUCAAAAGGAAAAUUAUAGAAAAAAGGAUUAUUUUCAAAUAGGGCCAACAUCAAAGCUUCUAAAUAGAAAAGUUGUUCGGGUAACAAGUUGUUUCUUUUUUUGUAAUGGACGUUAGACCUUACAUUUUCAUGUAGCCGACCUUGGUCAUUUUCCAACUUCUCAGAAUCGCCUUCCAGGCUUGCAAACGUGCCGCGCAACCGCGGUAGUUCAUAUUUUCAAAAUUAGGAGUUUUAUGAGGUAACCUCUUCAUUUAGACCCGAUUAAGUCAUGUUAAAAUAACUUCUAUAGUUAUUAAUUAUUAACAUCGUGAUUGUUCAAGUCUUUUUUUUUAGCUUCGAAAUAAUCUUUUAUGAAUUGAAGAUGUGGAGAGCGGCCGGAAAGAUGCCAGAUAAGGAUCGGUCACUCGUUGAAGAACGAAUCAAGAGAAGCGGGGUGGCACCAGGAAGCGGAGUGCCGCAGGGUGGCGGAGCGAGAGUCGUCGUCCCCCAGCAAAGUCGCUAACCUGUCCCCGAACCUAUCUAGUGGAAGUCUUCAGGCGCUGCCACUGCAGUCCGAAGGUCGGCUUCCAGAACACGAGAGCCGGAUUCUGAGAACAUUCCCUCGGAGUCGGCAGCCCCAGACUCGACCUUCGCUCUAAGUUUGAUCUUUGAUAUCAAUUCAAAUAAAUGAAUAUGUAUAAAUAUUUAAGAAAACAAAACAUUUUCAGAUACGCCACGACGACCGAUCGGCGAAGUUCAACAGAAGUCGUCAAGAUACGCACUUCGAGACGAUGUAUCGAUCUUUUCGAAAUGCUUCUAGAAAUAUUUUCGGUUUUUCAGUACAUCAGCUCGCUGGCUGGGCUUGCAGAUGGAACUAUUGGGGGACUGGAGGCGCCGCACAAAGGAGCGAAUCAAGGGUUUUGGCCGAGCACGCCGUUGAAGUUUGACUCUUUUCGCGAAAUAGAGCGUGUCAUUUGGGGGCUUCAGACGGACAGGCUCAUCCUCCUCCAUCUCCUCGGUUGACACGUCGGACCAGCUCGAGCGCGCCAUUCAGAACAUCUCCUCAGGUCUUCCUGAUGUCGCCAGAGACGCCAUGUUUCAGGUCGAGCUUUUCGAAAAGGAAACCGUUUUAAAAAGAACUGAUUUUUCAGGUCACAUACAUGCUGGAUACGCGUGAACAGAGACAGAUGAUUGAACGACGAAUGGACUUGGUAAAAAAAAGGAAAAUUUUAUCGUGGAUGUUUGUCGUUAUAGCUGUUCCGUAUGGCGACCGUUCAAGUCCAGUUCCUGACCAGAGUGCUCGAGGAGAACAAAAAUCAGUUCAAGGAAAUGGCAGACGCCUUGUCGCAGUUGUUGUUCAGGGUCCGAAAGUUAUUUGGAAUUCGUUCCUUCAAAAAUCUCUUCAUGUUCUCAGCAAAAUCCCACUUGAUGAGGGAUUAUAUAUAUGGGCGCGAAUGAGCUUUUGGUUAUAUAUCGGUAUUGAUUAAUUAAUUUUUAUUGAAAAUGGUCAACAGAGAAAAAUACGUUCCUAUAGAGGAGGGGUUUUUUUGAGAACGCAGGGACUCAAAAAAAUACCUUCGUUUUGGUAGAAAUUUAUUUCUAUUAAUUAAAUUAUUGAAACUAUUAAUUAUUUUUUUCAAAAUUAUAAUAAUUUUACUCAUUUUCAAACUUCUCCUAAUUUCAGGCUGUGGGAGGUAUCGAUGAGCCGAAUGCGGAGGUGACGAUCUUCGACAUCACAAAAGACACGAUCGCCGACCUAUUUACCGAAUUGUUGAAGAUAAUUUCGGUGCUCGGGCGGUCGGAAGACGUAAUGGUCCGUGUAUGGCCUGUUUCAUCAAUAUUUCAUCUUCUUUUUUCAUUCAUAGAUGUAUUUGCAACUGAAUCGUGAAAAUAUAUUGAAAAGUCUUUUUUCUUUAAGAUGUAAUGAAGACAUAAACCUCUUUUUUUUUUUUGAAGAUGGCGAGGUCCUUCAACCGACUCACCAUGCGAAUCGUCUACAGAAUCGAGCUGACGAGCCUCCUCUGCGGCCUUGUAACCGGCAUAACGAACCGAUUAAAAGCGUCCGAUGAAACCAUAGCAGCUCUCUUUGCCAAGGUGAAUAAGAGAAACCAAAAGAAAAAAAGGGAUCAUUUUCAAAUAAAUAAUAAUUGUUUUUCUUUUUAAUUUUAAUUUAGCUCGAAUACGUUUUUGAUCCGAAGCAAACCAGGAAUUUUGCAGCUUCUCACCAAGUGGAAGGAGGAAUUGGACAAAAGAACGCGACAGAUGCGUGUUUCCGAUAUUGUUGCCUGCUGUGACACUUUCUUCCAUUUAACUUUAGGGGUAUCGUGUCAUCACCGAUAAAACAUAAAGUUUGGGAAUUUUUUCAGGAAUUGAAGUGGGAUCUCACCCAUCCGCUGGUCACUUCUGUCGACAACGCCAUCGAAUGCGUCGUCCUGCUUCAAGGAGAAGCGGUAUGGAUUGUUUUUAUUUCUCUGCGCUCAAAGUUCAGUGAUUGCUGUGUUAGUAAAGAGGAAUUUAAGAGUAAGGUGUUUUUUGAACUUUUUAGUAGUAGCUGAACUGAAACUUCUUAAAACGCUAUGAGUAGGCGCCUCAAACCUUUUUUUCAAAUUAUUCGAAAAAAAUACGUUCAUCUGGAAAAAGAAGAAAAAAAGUUAUGACAGAAAAAAAGUAGCCAGCACCUCAAAAAAAUGAGUUCGAAAAAAAGUGUGAAAUUUUUUUGUUAAAGCUGAUCAUUUUUCAAAACGUUUUUCCGUGGAUAUUAAUCUUUUAUUUUUUUCAUUUUUUUGCCGUGGAAUUACUCUAUAAAAAAAGUCACAAUAAAAAGCUUAAAAGAUUGUCGUGAAAUUAUAAGCGAGGUAUGAGUGAAAAAAUAGACUUUCUCAGGUCCUCGACGCAGUUCGACGUCUUUUGAAGCCGCACAUGCACCUCACGAGCAUCGUCAACAAAAUGCUCCAAGUGAUGAAGGAGCAAGGGAAAACUCCGGCCCUUCCCGGAACGGUCUCUUCCUAUUUGAAUGCAAUGAACAAUCAGUUUUCCUUCUCAGUUGGAAGAUCUUCCGGCUGAAGAGGAAACCAUCAUCUCACGCCCCAUCCUGCAGGUCCAUAUCGACAACAUUAUUCGGGAUCCGUCCAAGGCAAUCUUUACUACAUUAAUAGGAAGAUAUUCAAGUUCUUCAGGCUUCGGACCAUGUCGAACGAUUGAAGAGCUUGUUGUCAGAUGAUUUGGAGGCGAGGAGUGACUUUCUGCGCAAAACCUCAUCGGUUGGGAACUUCACUGGAAGAUUGUUACUUUGUGAAUUCAGAUGCCACUGGGAAAGUUCGUUCAGGAGAUCACUGAAAGCAAAAGACCCGUCGUCGGAGCCAGCAUGCCGGUAAAUUUAUCUCAUGGCUAAUACUGAAAAUAAGCUAGCUCUUAGUGUGUCAAGUUAGCCAAGUAUUUCGGCUUCUGAGGUCAGAAGUUCUGUUCUAUUCUUCUAAGUUUCAAUUAAAAUGAGAUGAAUUGACAGUCCGCAAAAAUUGUAAUUUGAAUAAAUGUUUUUAAUCAAAUUAUGAUUGUGAACCGGUGCUUCCAGAUUUCGGCUACAAUUCUGCUCGAACUUUCGCAACUUCUCCACGAACUGGACAUGACUACGACGCCAUCUCCUGAUGCAACACCUUCGUCACAAGAAACUGCUCCAGCAGACCUGACUCGGUUCUAAGUUUCCAUUUUAUAGGGAUUCAGCAUCUGAUUUCAGAACUUUGACGAAACCCAAGCGUGAGCCAGUCGAUGCACAGCUAAAGAAGAGGCGAACGAUGUCGCGUGCUGCCAUCAGCGAGAUGCGAGCCCGGUUCGAUGAAGCUCUCGGCAACAAGUAA